UUUACUCGUCCUCCCCUCUAUCGGAAGGUUUUUGUUUUACUCACCUGAACAUUGUCCGGUUCUAAUGUAACAUUGCUGGGGACGGUGCAUUUUGAGAGGACUAGCCGUCCCGGUGUUUCGGAUCUUGCUGCUCGAGAGGAAGGUGAGAGCCGGAGGAGGUGAGCAGUGCGAAUGUGGGUGAUGGAUUCCCUCUCCGUGGCUCUGCUGUGGGCAGCCCUGGCUCACGCUGGCUGCGGCGGGCAGUCGCGGGGGAGCGAGGGGGGCCGCAGACGCCUGAACAGGGUCCAACACGGGGCGUGCAGCUACACUUUCAUCCUGCCUGAGCUUGAGGGCAGUUGCCGGGGGGCUGCUGAGAGCCACAGCACCAACUCCCUGCAACGGGACGCACCACAGCAGGAACAGGAGUGGCCCUCGCAGAAGCUGCAGCGGCUGGAGACACGAUCCGACAACAACACCCAGUGGCUGCGCAAGCUGGAGACCUACAUCCAAGACAACAUGAAGAGCGAACUGGCCCAGCUACAGCAGAACGCUGUGCAGAACCACACAGCCACCAUGCUGGAGAUUGGCACCAGUUUGCUGAGCCAGACCGCUGAGCACACACGCAGACUGACAGACGUCGAGACGCAGGUUUUGAAUCAAACCUCGCGACUGGAAAUCCAACUGUUGGAAAAUUCUUUAUUCACAAACAAGCUGGAGAAGGAGCUGCUCCUCCAGACCAACAACAUCUACCGGCUGCGCGAUAAGAACAGCUUCCUGGAGCAGAAACUCCUGGCAAUGGAAGGCCAGCACAAGGAAGAGAUGGAGAGCCUGAAGCAAGAGAGGGGGAGCCUCCAGGACCUGGUGGUCCGGCAAAGCCGCCUGAUUAACGAGCUGGAGACGCAGCUGGGCUGGGCCACCAUCAACAACACCAGCCUGCAGAAGCAACAGAAGCAGCUCACCGAGACCGUGCACAACCUCCUCCAACUGUCUGUUAACCUACCAACUGGCACGUCUUUGGGAUGUGGGAGGAAACCGGAGCACCUGGGGGAAACCCACACGUUAUUCCGGGACUGUGCUGAGGCCUAUCAGGCUGGUCACAACACGAGUGGUGUCUACAGCAUUCGUCUUGCUGAGAUGUCGGAGCCCAGGAAGGUGUACUGUAACAUGGAGACUGCAGGAGGCGGCUGGACAGUCAUCCAACACAGAAGGGACGGCAGCGUUGACUUUCACAGGACCUGGAAAGAAUAUAAAAUGGGUUUUGGGAAUCCGUCCAGUGAACACUGGCUUGGCAAUGAGAUGCUGUUCCUUCAGACAAACCAACGGCAAUACUCCCUGAGGAUUGACAUGCGAGACUGGGAGGGCAACCAGGCUUAUUCCCUCUAUGAGAAGAUUCAAGUGGCAAGUGAAAAGCAAAACUACAGGCUCUUCCUGAAGGGGUUCAGCGGUACUGCGGGGAGACAGAGCAGUUUGGUUUUACACGGAGCCAGUUUCAGUACCAAGGACUUGGAUCAUGACAACUGCAUCUGCAAGUGUGCCCAGAUGUUGACAGGGGGCUGGUGGUUUGAUGCGUGUGGACCUUCCAAUCUGAACGGAAUCUAUUACUCGGCGGGACAGAAGCUGGGCAAGCUGAAUGGGAUAAAGUGGCAUUACUUCAAGGGUCCGAGUUACUCCCUCCGCAGUGUCACCAUGAUGAUGCGCCCCUCAGGUUUCUGAAGCUCCCUGCUCAGUCCGAAGCCCAUCACUAACCUGGAGUUGGAUCAGGGCAAUUCCUGGCCCCAGCUUCCCACAUACAUUCCUCUCUCUCCCUUCCCAAGGAUCUGAAACAGUGGAAGAAUCCG